UGCGAUUCAGUUGACACUAUCGGCGUUACCUUGUAUAUUUUGUAUUUUUUAAUGUAAAUAUCAGAUGUUUGUCUUCCAAUAAUGACGCAGUGGUCCCAAACUAUUUUAGAAUGGAUAAACUGCCUGGGUGUAUCCGAAUCCACUGUCAAAGAGCCGAAGGAACUUGAUGAAAGUCCAAUUUUUAGCAGGAUUAUCCAUUCGAUAAGUUCUUGGAAGCCACAAGUAAACAACAGAACCGAGAAAGAAUUAUUGCAAGACUUCAUUCAAGAUGAAUAUCCAGAUUUUUUAUCCAAAUCCGAUUGCGAAGAGUGGCUUUUGGACAGCGUGCUCGUCGCCUCUCUUUUAUUAUUACGAACGUCUCAAGAACCAACUUUCCACAAACCGAUGUGUGCAAAACUGCAUCACGAGACUCAAGUCAAGAUUAAGAUGUUUCUGGAAAGUGCACUUCCCCAAGGGAGAAGUAUCACAAAACAGUAUUUGAGCUCUGUUAUCUCGGAACUCAGUGAUUCGGAAAUCGCCAAUCUCUCGGAUCCAAAAACUCCUUUUCUGACACCAAAAGCUCGCCCACUCAAGGAAUUUUUUAAUUCACCUGCUGCGCGAUCUGCCCAGAGUCAUAGAAUAAUGAGUGACAGAACUCGGGAGUUACGGAAAUUAAAAUCAGAUCUGGAACUGGAACGCUGUGAGAAAAUUGACCUGAUGGAAGAUUUAAGAAUUCAGCAGGAAAAGGCACAGAAACUCCAGAGAAAGUUGCAGGAUAGGGAGAAGGAACUCAAGUCUCUUAGGGCGGAAAUGAUGAAGCCAGCGACUCCACAAUCGUGUAAAAAAAGCGACAAGACGAUGGAAGAUGUCUACAGAGCCGAAAUAAAAAACUUGGAAGAAUACACCGUAAGUUUGCAAUUAGAGAACGAGAAGCUGCAGGACGAAAGAGACAACUUAUCAAAGAAAUUAGCUGCCUUGGAAAGGCAAAGUGCAUGUCUAAUUAAAGAGAGCGAAUACUUUCAAAAAAACUAUGAAUCCUUAUCUACCGAAAUUGAGCUAAAGGACAGGGAAGUAGUCUGUCUAAGAAUGGAAAAUGAAGGUCUACGAACUCACGUUAAAGAGAUGAACAGAUUAUCUCUCAGCGAUGAGAGUUUCGAGUGCGAUAAUGUCAGUAACGCUCACACUCAAUCUUCUUUAAACGUAAGUGAAGCCCUGAGUUCGGUCAUUGACAUUCAACUUCAAGAAGCAAAGGAAGAAUCCUCUAAACUCAAAAACGAACUCGAGUCCGUCACUCAUCGUUUGGAAUCAGUCAGUCACGAGUGUCAAGAGCUGAAAGACUCUAAUAAUUAUCUCGAACAGAAAGUCAAACUGAUGGAAAUAAUGGAAGAAGAAUUCUUCCAAAUUAAAUCCGAACUUUCAGCUUCCAAGGAUAGGAUACAAAUCCUGGAUGAGGAGAAAGACAUUUUGAUAAGAGAAGCUCAAUCCAUGAAAAAACAAUUGGAAGCAGCCAAAAUCAUGAUUGAGGAUCUGAACGAUAAACUGCUCGACUCGCAAGAUUGUUUAAAUAACGAAAUUGCAAGAAAGGGCGAAUUGGAGUCAAAGAUUGCUCUACUCAAAGAUGAAAUCAAAGCACAGAGCAAUCGGAUUUCAGAGUUUGAACGACAAAAAUCGGAUUAUGAAUCUACAAUCAAGGAUUGUAGAGCAUCUUUAAAGUGUCCGAUGAUUCGAGGUCUUCAGCUAACAAAUCAAAAGGAUUUUGAUCCAGAUCAAACCAAUAUUGUCGACAUUUGCAAGCAUUUUACAAUUGUCAUUGAUUCUUUCGAGUCUUUGAUUGAAAAUAAAAAAUCUGCUAUCGUACAACUUACCCAAGAAGGUGAAGAGAAGAAUCGUGCUAUAACAAACUUGGCAAUGGACAUGAACCGUUUGGAAGAUGUGAAUGAAAAAAACGAAGUUGAAAAAGCUGCAAUGAUGGAAAUGAUGGACUCUCGGAACCGAGAACUUGCUGAAUUGAAUAUCAAGAUUACAGAGAAUUUGCAAGAGAUUCGAGAACUGCGGGUACUCGCGGAGGAACGAGAAACGUUCCUCGCUGAGAUGAAAAAACUCGAUUUCGAAUCAAAGGAAAAAUCAGAGCUGAUAAACUCUUUAGAAUCGGAUUUAAGAUUGUUGAGAGAUAACAGAAAUUCGCUGGAAAGAAAAUUGGAGGAGAUUAAGAAAGAGAUGACUGAAGUCACAGAAGAUCUUUUUUCAAAAAAUGGGAUGGUCGAAGAGUUAGAAAUGAAUCUGAGAGAUUCGGAAUUAAUACUGACUUCGACUGAAAAAGAUUUAGAGUUGACAAAAACAAACAAGAACAGUUUGGAAAAAGAGUUGUGCGAGAGGAAUGAAUUUGUCGAAUUGUUGGAGAAUCAGAUCGAGGAGUUUAAGAGUAAUAAAUUAUCAUUGGAGAAGGAUUUGAAUUCGGUUAAGGAAGAAUUGUCGUGGACUCGAGAAGAAUUGGAUAAUAAAAAUAAAUCAAUCCAGAGCUUAGAAGAAAAUUUAGAAGAGUUACAAAAUGACAAAUCUUGUUUAGUAAAAGAAUUGACUUUGGUUAAAAAACAAGUUUCCACUCUUCAAGAAGAUUUAAGAGAGAAGAAUGAAACGAUUGAGUCUUUGGAGACAAGCAUCGAUAAUUUGCAAGAAAAUAAAUUAUCCCUGCAAGACGAAUUAAAGUCAAGUAGGAAUGAGUCUUUGAAUAUUCAAGGAGAAUUGAGAGGUAAAAUCGAGAAGAUAGAAAUUUUGGAAUCUGAGAUGGACGAUUUGGCAAAUGAGAAAUCAUCAUUAGAAGGGGAAUUACAUUCACUCAAGGAAGAUUUGGCCAAUAUUCAAGAAGAGCUAAUUUCCAAAAAUAAAAAUCUAGACACUUUGGAAAAAAAAUUUCAGGAUUUGAUGAGAUCCAAGUCUUUGAUUGAAGAAGAAUUGGAAUCGGCAAAGAGAGAAAAUUGUAGUUUUCAGAGCGAUUUAAGGGAAAAAAUCGAGUUUAUCAACAGUUGUGAAAAGAAAAUUGAGCAAUUCAAGAAUAAUGAAUUAUGUUUGGAGACAGAAUUGGAUUCUUUUAAAGAAAAAUUGUCGAUGACUGAAGAAGAACUGUCCCAGAAGAAGAAAUCAAUCGAGAUUCUGGAAAAAAAUCUAAGCGAGUUACAAAGUGAUAAAUCUUCUUUGGAAGAGAAAUUAACUUUCACUAAAACCGAAGUUUCUACACUUGAAGAAGAUUUGUCAAGAAAGUAUAAGACACUUGAGAAUUUGCAGACAAACUUUGAACAUUUGCAGGAAAAUAAGGCAUCGAUAGAAGAGGAAUUGGAAACAGUUAAAAAAGAUUCGUUUAAUAUUCAACAAGACUUGAGACAAAAGAUUCAAAUUAUAAAAGAUCAAGAAAUUAACUUGGAAGUAUUAAAAACUGAAAAAUCAUCAUUGGAAGGAGAGUUAAAUUCGGCGACGCAAAACUUGAACGAGACUCAGGAAGAAUUACUUGAUAGAAAUAAAAGCAUCCAAACUUUGGAAGAAAAGUUUGAAAAUUUGAAUAAACUAAACUCAACUUUAGAAAAAGAAUUGGAAUCGUUGAAAGUUGAAUCUAGAAAUCUUCAGACAAGUCUAAUCGAGAAGAAUGAAUGUAACAACUUUUUGGAAAAGAAAAUUGAAGAAUUCGAGGAAAAUAAAUUAUCUUUGCAAAAAGAAUUGAAUUCGGUUCGGGAAAAAUUAUCCUUGACUCAAGAAGAAUUAUCCGAAACGAAGAAAUCAUUGGAGAGUUUGGAAGAAAUGAUCGGAGAAUUAAAUAGUAACAAAUAUUCGUUAGAAACUGAAUUGGACUCGUCUAAAAAAGAAGUUUCUGCUCUUCAAGAACAACUAAUAGAAAAGAAUCAAACGAUUGAGAGUUUAAAAAGAAACGUCGAGAAUUUGCAAGAAAAUAAAUCAUCGCUAGAAGCGGAAUUAAAGUCAAAUAACAAGGAAUCGUUUGAUAUCCAACAAGAAUUAAGAGAGAAAAUAGGAGAGAUUAAAGUUUUGGAAACUGAAAUUGAUGACUUGACCAAUAAGAAAUCAGCAUUAGAAGGGGAUUUGCAUUCCGUUAAGGAAGAUUUGAGAGCGACCCAGGAAGAAUUAAUUUCCAGGAAUAAAAAUGUAGAAUCUUUGGAAGAAAAAAUCAAGGAUAUGGAGGGAAUUAAUUCCUCAUUAGGAAAAGAAUUGGAAUCAGGUAAAGAAGGUUUGUCGAAAAUUGAGAAAAUCCUCUCCGAGAAAAAUGAGAAAUUAGAAGAUUUAACAGCGAAUAUUGAAAAAUUAGAAAAUAGCAAAUUAUCCCUUGAAACGGAAGUGUAUUCUCUCAAACAAAAACUGGCAGAAACAGAGAAGAUGUUCUUUAAUAAAGUUGAAGAAGCAGAAGCUUUCGGAAGCGACAUUGAAGAAUUGAGAAAAAUUAAGUCUUCCUUGGAACAAAAAUUGGAUUUAAAUAAAGAAGAAAUCUCAAAAUUCCAAACGCAAUUGACUGAAAGGAACGAAGAAAUAAAUACUUUAAGAGAAGACAUUUCAGCUUUGAAGACAAAUAAAUCAUCUUUAGAAGAGGAUUUGAGUCAAAUCAGAGGCGAGAUGUCUAAUGUUCAACAAACACUAUCACAAAAAAACCAAACAGUAGAAAAUUUGGAAUCAAACAUUCAAGAAAUCAAGAAGAACAAUUUCUUCAUUGUAACUGAAUUAAAUUCCGUCAAAGAAGAAUCUUUUAAAGUUCAAGGAGUCUUGACAGUUAAAAUCAGAGAAUUUGAAGCUCUCGAAAGCGACAUGGAAGAAUUAAAAAUGAGCAAAUUGUCUCUAGAUGGAGAAUUGGAUUCCGUGAAGAUAGAAUUGACUGAAGUUCAACAAGAAUUGAAUGAAAAGAUUCAGCAAUUGGAAAAUUCGAAAGAGUCGCUUAAAGAAUUUGAAGGGAACAUCAAUUCACUAAAGAAAGAAUUAGAAUCUGCAAAACAAGAAUCUUUACAAAAAUUAACCAAUCAACAAAAAUUGAGCGAUGAGUUGACCGAGAAAAUGACAACCGAGUACGAUGAGUUAAUCGAAAAAAUGACUACCGACUACGAAGGAUUGCAGAAUAAAUGUAAGAAUUUGGAUUCUGAAAAUCGAAAAGCCUCUGACAAAAUACUUCAAAAUGAAAUUGAUUUAACAAAUACUCGAGCAACGGUUUGUGACUUGGAAGAAAAAUUAUUACAGAGUGAAGAGACAAAAUCAAAUUUGGAAAUUAAGACUUUGACUCUUGUGAAAAAUUUGGAAUCGCUGAGAGAAGAUUUUGAAGCGAUGAAAGCUUGUAAUGAGGAAAAAGAAGUAAGGAUUCAAGAAGCGAGUGAAGAAAUCGAAACCCUACGAGAAGAGAAAAGAAAACUGGAGUCAAACUUUGAAAAUCUAAGCAAAGAAUCCGCUAGCUUGAGACUUCAAGUUUCAGAAAUUUCAAAAGAACUUGAGACUCGUAGUAAAGAAAAGGACAACUUGCUUUCAGAUCUGCAAAAGUUGAGUCAACAAAGGGAUGAUGUGGUUGAUGAAAAAACGAAAGAAGAUGCUAAAAUGGAAAGCUUGGUCGAAAAUUUAGAGAUUAGACUUCUAAAUACUCAAAAUUCAUUCGAAGAAGUGAGUUUGGACAUCAAACUGAAGGAAGAUGCGAUUCAGGUGUUAAAAACGAAAAUAGAAUCGCUGAACAAGGAGAAAAUCGAGGCAGAGUUGAAAUUGAAUGAAAAGGUUUUAAACUUGCAAGAGGUUCAAACAAGACAAAACUUGGAUUUGGAAACCCAAAUGAAAAUUUUGCAAGAAAAGGAAAAAGAAGUCGCAGAUUUGACAAAGAGAUGCGAAGAGUUUUUAAAUAUUUCGAAGCAGAAGGACCAGUUGGAAGGAAAGUGUAACGAUUUGGAAAAAUGUCAGGAAGAAAAAGAAAAAAAGAUUUCCGAAUUGCAGAGGUUUUUGGAAACACAAAAACAGGAGACGAAUAUUGUUCAAGAAAAACUCCAGUCGCUGAAGAUCGAAAGAUUGAAAAUCGUGGAAGGCUGUCGAGUUUUAGAAACUUGCAUGAGUGAUUUAAACAAAUUUUUACCCCAGGAGAGCAUUUUAAGUGUGGAUUCUAAUGAUAGUCGAGAAAAUGAAUCACUCUUGUUUAAGAAUGAAAAUUCAAGCGAGAACAACCAUGUUUGUAAAGCUCUUCAAGCUUCAGUAGAUACAGCCAACUUGACUUUGAAAGCUCUAUUUUCUCUUUCUCAAAAAUGCAAGAACUUGGAAGCGAGUCUCGAGGAGGAUAAAAAGUUAAAAUUAGUAGUUGCAGAAAUCUCAGAACAAAAUUCGAAAUUGGAAAACGAGAAGACGAAUUUGGAAACCAGACAAGAAGAUCACAGAAUUUUUGUGGAAAGUCUUAUCCAGAAAAAAGAAUCUCUUUAUGACAGUUUGAAUAAAGCAACGAAAAUUAGAAAUAAUUUUGGCUCUAAAUUAACUCAGCUUGAACGUGAUUGGAAUCAAGCUUUGGAAAAAAUUCAAAAUACAUUUGCGAUCAACCAAUCAGUUUGUGAUGAAUUGAAAGACCUGCAGAAUAAAAAAACGGUUCUACAAAAUCUUCUUUCUGAAUAUCGUCGACUUUAUUUGCAGAGUUUGACUUCUAUAACUGACAUCUCUAUGAAAACUUUCUUUUGGACUGAGGAUAAAAUAAGGAAUGUUGAAAAAGACGAAGAAUUCGACUUGGAGAACGAGAAGAUGAGUUUGAUUUCUGAGAUGCAAAAGCUUGAUUCAGCGAUGAAGGAAGUUGAGGAGGCGCAAGAAAAAAUUAAGGUGUUUGCAGAUAUGGCAAAUAAAUAUAAGAAAACUGUGGAGGUCAAUCAAGCAAAGUAUUCACCAGAUAAUGUGGAUAAACUGGAAUCACAAGUGCAAAGUUUGACCAAGGAAAAAAAAGAUGUAAAGGAGAAGUUUGAUAAUGUUCGACAAAGGAAUGCAAAGUUGGAGAAAAAUAUGGACGAGUUGAGAAGUGAGAUGAAGAAAUUAAAAAGCAGUUUAUCAGCAAGUCAACCAGUCAAAUCUGAACCUGAACUAGAAAAUUUGAAAGAAGAAUUGAAGAUUUCUCAGGAGGAAAAUAAUAAUUUAAAGGCAGAAAUUGAUUAUUUGAGCGAGGAAAAUCGAUGCUUGAAAGCAGAAAUUGGUGCUUUAAAGACCGAAAUGUCGGAAAAGUUGCAGCAGUUGGAAAAGACAGAAAAAGUAGAAAAGCCGGAUGAUGGCAAACAGAUGACCAAUGUGGACAUUGAAAAACGAAUGAAGGAGAUUCAUGACGAGUAUGAGGGCAAGUUGGAGAAGCUAAAGCAAAAGAUGAAAGUUGCCUAUAACGAGCAAAUGGCGAAAUUAACUGUGAAACAUGAAAAAUCUGUUCAAGAAAAGAUUGAAAUUUUGCAAGCGAAAAUGGAACAACAGUGUCGUAAACAUACAGAGGAGAUGAGCAAAUAUAAGCAACACGUUAGUGAAUUGACUUCUCGACAUUGGGAGGUUUGCGAUAAACUUUUGGCUGAAAAACAGGAAAAAGAAGGUGCCUUCAAACUAAUGAAAGAGAUGAGGACAAAGUUUAAUAAUGAAUUACAAGAAAUGCACCAGAUGCAAAUAUCGACUGCUUCCGUCCAUAAAACUGCUAGUUUGGACAGGAGAGAUUACUCGACGAAUGACUUCGAACGCAAAGGUCUUCAGGCUUUCCAGAUAAUCGAAGAGGAAACUUUUGCCAGAAGACGCAGCGUUAGAGGCUUACAGCAAGCAAUGGGAAAUGCUUUCGAUGCCGAAGACGAAGAAGGCGAAGUUUUUGACAACGUUUAUCUAGCUGACAUGAAGGAUGGGAAAAACAGAACCAUAAGACCUGAAGAUCGACUCUCAGUGUUGCAGAUGAGAAAUUCUCUCUGCAAACCUCAUUUAAAAUCUUCUUAUCCUGCUGAAACGCAAUUUCAUCCUCUGGGUUUAACAGAAGAGGAUAUUAAAAGCGGUGGUACAGCCGAAGAUGUUUUUAACGAUAGUCUUAGUCAGAGUCUCCUUCCUGGACAAAAAGUAAAGAAGCGAGAAAGGACGCAGACUUCAUACAAAAAACCUGGACCUCCCACGCCAAGUAAAAACGGUGGAAGGUUAUCGUUGCAGGGCAAUGAACCAAAGCCUUCUCCGAAUUCGAGGAUUUUAAAGGAGCGAAAUGUAGUUGAUAGACGCACAACUGCAACUCCUCGAAGGCUAAAGGACUUUUUUAGCAAUUCUCGGCAACAGGAUGAGAAUUCCUCAGGAGGAACGCCAAGGAGAUUCAGUAAUAUUUUCCGCAAAAAGCGAAUGCUGACGGAACGAAAAUAAUUUUAAAAUUUUUUUACUGCAAAUGCAGUAUGCGUUGCAAAUAUGUAGUAUUUUGUUAGAUUUAGUGUUUUUUUUAGUUUAUAACUUGUAUAGAUUUUUAUAAUAAAUUUAUAUUGAAUAAG